AAAAAGAUAACUGCAGUUAGAAUACCUCCUCUUCUGGCUCAGCGCCUGUGGCUCAAGAGGCUAAGGUGCUAGCCACAUACACCUGAGCUGGCAGGUUCGAAUCUAGUCCGGGCCUGUCAAAACAACAAUGACAGCUGCAACCCCAAAAUAAAAAUAACCAGGUGUUGUGGUGGGUGCCUGUAGUCCCAGCUACUUGGGAGGUGGAGGCAGGAGAAUCACUUGAGCCCAGGAGUUGGAGGUUGCUGUGAGCUGUGAUGCCACGGCACUGUCUCAAAAAAACAGCUUGAGGCUCUGUCUCAAAAAAAAAAAAAAAAAAUUCCUCCUCUUCUAAAUGUUAUAAGUACUUUUUUGUACUGAAAUUUAUAUUAACAUUAUUUAUCAAUACGUUUGUCUCACUAUUCCGUGAGCCUUGAAGGAUAGAUACUGCAUUUUUGACUUUUGUUUGUUUAUUUUUUAUUUUGAAAUUAUCAUGGUCUCCCUGCAGCUAAUUAAGCCGACCAUGCUCCUUUCCUCAUGGGGACCUGGUGUGCAGUGGCUGCAAACAGCAGCCUCCUUGGUAGUGUAUGCAGCCUGUUAAUUGUAUAGGUUGCUCUAAGGGACCUUGGAGACACUCCUUUCUAAUACAUGUUCAUGUGUUAGGCCUUGUGCUGUCCCCAGUCUAGGCUCCAGACAGGUAUGCGUGGUGCCUUUGGAAAGCCCCAGGGCACUGUGGCCAGGGUUCACAUUGGCCAAGUCAUCAUGUCCAUCCGCACCAAACUACAGAACAAGGAGCAUGUGAUCGAGGCCCUUCGCAGGGCAAAAUUCAAGUCCCCUGGCCGUCAGAAGAUUCACAUCUCCAAGAAAUGGGGUUUUACAAAGUUUAACUCAGAUAAAUUUGAAGACAUGGUGGCUGAAAAGCGACUCAUCCCAGAUGGCUGUGGGGUAAAAUACAUCCCCAAUUGUGGCCCCCUGGACAAGUGGGCCCUGCACUCGUGAGGACUUAACAUUGUGUUGCCUAUCAAUUGCACCUACCAAUAAUAAAUCCCACUUCCUGUCCACUUAAAAAAAAAAAAAAAGAAAAGAAAUUAUUAUGAACUCAUGAUAAAUUGCAGAAGUAGUAUAGAGUGCUGUGUAUCCUUCACCUAC